AUGGUGGGAAAUGGGAUUGUCAUCUGGCUGCUGGGUUUCCGCCUGAAGAGGAACCACUUCUCUGUCUAUAUCCUCAACUUGGCCAUUGCAGACUUCACCAACCUCUCAUCUUCUGUUCUGCAGCUGUUAAAUUUCUAUAUAUCUAUCUAUACUUUUAUUAAUUUUGUAAUAGAACUCGCAGUCUAUUCCUACCUGGUGGGUCUGAGCCUGCUCAUGGCCAUCAGCAUUGAGCACUGUGUCUCUGUGCUCUGGCCCAUUUGGUACAAAUGCUACCGACCGACACAUCUCUCCACCAUUGUGUGUGCCCUCAUUUGGGUCCUGUUCCUCAUUUUUGUUUUAAUGAUAACUGUGUUUCCUUACUGGAAUAAGUAUACAAAAAGUAACAUAUAUAAUUUUUCAUCCCUUCCAACUUUCCUGGUGCUCUUUGUUUGCAGCCUGACCCUAUUCAUCCGGGUCCAGUGUUACUCCCAGCAGAGAAAGCCCAGCAGGCUCUACUGGACCAUUUUGCUCAAUGUCCUGGCCUUCCUGCUGCUCUGUGUGCCAAGAACAGUCUAUAAGGUCUGCAUGUUGUCCAUGGAAUUAUCAGUCUAUCAUUCUGAGAUACUUUUCUUCAUGACCGCUCUUCAUUUCAUGAACAGUGCAGUUAAUCCUAUCAUUUACUUCUUUAUUGGACGACACAGGCAGUGGGGGGGGCAGAAAACCCCUUCGGGAAGUGCUCCAGAGGGCGCUGAUGGAUGA